AUGGAUGUUAGGAUAGUCCUUCCUUACACUAAUCGCGUCAACUUGAAAGCAAUAAGAGAGAUAUUCAUUAAUUAUGGACCCUAUGCUGUUGAUUAUGAAAUUAUAGCUUUGAAAUUUACAACUUUAAAAAAAUCAAUCAUGCGAGAAUGUAUUUCGAUUCACGUUGGUCAGGCUGGUGUUCAAAUUGGUAACGCUUGCUGGGAAUUGUAUUGUUUGGAACAUGGAAUUCAACCCGAUGGUCAAAUGCCGUCAGAUAAAACAAUUGGUGGUGGCGAUGAUUCAUUCAAUACAUUCUUCUCAGAAACUGGCGCUGGAAAACAUGUACCACGUGCAGUAUUUGUCGAUCUUGAACCAACAGUAAUUGAUGAAGUACGAACUGGCACAUAUCGUCAAUUAUUUCAUCCAGAACAAUUGAUCACCGGAAAAGAAGAUGCGGCCAAUAAUUAUGCACGUGGUCAUUACACAAUUGGCAAAGAAAUUGUUGAUCUUGUAUUAGAUCGUAUUAGAAAAUUAGCUGAUCAAUGUACUGGUCUUCAAGGAUUUUUGAUCUUUCAUUCAUUUGGAGGUGGUACUGGCUCAGGAUUUACAUCCUUGCUGAUGGAAAGAUUAAGUGUUGAUUAUGGUAAAAAAUCAAAACUUGAAUUUGCUGUCUAUCCAGCACCUCAAAUAUCAACAGCUGUCGUUGAACCAUACAAUUCCAUCUUAACAACACAUACAACAUUGGAACAUUCGGAUUGUGCAUUUAUGGUUGAUAAUGAAGCCAUCUACGAUAUUUGUCGACGUAAUUUAGAUAUUGAAAGACCAACAUACACCAAUUUAAAUCGUUUGAUUGCACAAAUUGUUAGUUCCAUAACAGCAUCAUUACGUUUCGAUGGUGCAUUGAAUGUUGAUCUAACAGAAUUUCAAACAAAUCUUGUCCCAUAUCCUCGUAUUCAUUUUCCAUUAGCCACCUAUGCUCCAAUUAUCUCAGCCGAAAAAGCUUAUCAUGAACAAUUAACAGUAGCUGAAAUAACAAAUGCCGUUUUUGAACCAGCAAAUCAGAUGGUGAAAUGUGAUCCAAGACAUGGAAAAUAUAUGGCAUGUUGUUUAUUAUAUCGUGGAGAUGUCGUACCAAAAGAUGUGAAUGCUGCCAUAGCCACAAUAAAAACGAAACGAACAAUUCAAUUUGUUGAUUGGUGUCCAACAGGUUUCAAAGUUGGUAUCAAUUAUCAACCACCAACAGUUGUGCCAGGUGGAGAUUUGGCUAAAGUUCAACGUGCUGUUUGCAUGUUGUCAAAUACAACUGCUAUUGCAGAAGCAUGGGCUCGUCUCGAUCAUAAAUUCGAUUUGAUGUAUGCUAAACGUGCUUUCGUACAUUGGUAUGUCGGUGAAGGUAUGGAAGAAGGUGAAUUUAGCGAAGCACGUGAAGAUUUAGCUGCUUUAGAAAAAGAUUACGAAGAAGUUGGUGUUGAUUCAGUCGAAGGUGAGGGUGAAGGUGAAGGAGAAGAAUAUUAA